UUCAAUUUUUUUUUUAAGUUUCUAGCCCUCCUGGUUUCACAGAAAACAACAAGCUUGAAAGCAUGACCCAAGAACUCCCUGAACGCUCAGAAAGCAAACCCAAUGAACUCCAAAUUUAUUUUUUCUUUUAAAGCCAAUCUCCUGACUUCAGAGGCCUGGCUCAUGGUUUGUAUACACUUGGGGUUGGUGAUAGAGAAAGAAAAGUUGAGGAGAGUAAAGAGUGAAUAAAGGGGAAAGCCUGAUCCCAAAAUCCUCCCCACUUCCUGCCCCCAAAAUCCUUUCCUCAGCCAAAAGAGUUAAACGAGAUUAUUUAAGUGCAUCCAAAGCAGGAAGCCUGGUAAAGAAUUUCUGAGCCAGCUGGAUCACAGGGUUUAAAUAGAGCAAGGAAGGAAGAUAAGGACAUUGCUGAGAACUUAAAUGAUUUCUUUGCAUCGCCAUGGCUGUUCGGGGAAUAUCUACCUCAGACCUGCUCUUUCCGGGUAAUGAAGCCGAAGUGCAGUUAAAGCCAGAGGGCCCAGACAAGGCGGUGGUGGCACAAUAAGUCACCAGGCCAUUAUUUGUAUAGCAGAAGCAAGUCACAGGCCAGGCCCCUGUCGCUCUAUACACUUGGGAGUUCUGAGGUGGCUCAGGUGUGAGGGGGCUGAACUUAGCAAUGAUCUCUCACUCAGAGCAGCUAUCCUACCAGAAGGCUGCAGCUGCAGGCAUACAGCUUUGUGCAUAUGUGUUAUACAGCCUCUAAUUACACAACCACAUCCUGUUCCAUACCCCCUCACCUGCCUCAUUCAGGUGACAUGCACAACUGUAAAUCUGACAAGACAAAAGCUCCAGCACUUGGAACCAUAUUGAUCACACAUGGAUCAUCAGCAAGGGUGGGACCUUUAGAUCCACAGCACAGACUUCUGCCCCUUGAGCUAAUGGAACGGUAGCAGUAGUAGGCUGUUCUCUUACGCAGACCACCACAAAAGGGGCACGGACACACACUUUGCCAGUGGGUUUCAGUUAUUUGCAAAACAGCAGAGGAGUGUUGACUCAGAAAUCUUGUUCUCUUUUAUAUUCUGGAAGGGAGAGUUCAAGUGAUUAAAGAUCCAUUCCCCCACCCCCGUUCCCCCAUGAGCCAGCUCCUUUCAUAUCCCUACAACCCCAUCCCCUUCUGUCCCUGUCACCACAGCUACUAUCCCCUGCCCCGCCUUCCUUACCCUCUCCUCUGCGCCUGUCCGCCACCUUGAAAGCAGAGAGGAGAGGAACAGAGAAGGAGGAAGCAACUAGCAGGAGCAUUAACAGCACAUGAACAAUCUCACUGCUCUCACGCUUCAGUGGCCAGGAGCAGCAAUGGUGGGGAAAGUCUGGCUCAGCCCCUGCACCCCUGAUGGUUCUCCCUUGAGGAGAAGUCUCUCUGUGGGAAAUGUAGUUUCCAAGGUUGAGCCUUCUCUAAGGCUCUGAGCACAUGCAAACAUUUACAUUCAGAGGAUUAGAGCUUGGCCAAAUUUAAACAGCUUUCCAGAGGAUGAGCAAAAGGCACCUCUUUGACCCCAGGGUCACCCCCUGCCUUUGUAUCAAGUCCUGGUGCCAACACCCCAUUAAGAACAUGAGAUGUUUCAGCCGCACAGAGCUCACUUCACGCUGGCUGCAGACUCAGACAGACUUUCCUGCUUUAGAUACACUUCCUACACAUUGCAGAGGAAAAGCUUGACAACGAACUUAGCCUUUUACUUAAAUAAAAGGUAAUAUGACACCAAUGUCAUCUCCUGACUCCAGGAGUUGGAGCUAGGUCUACAGCCCCAUCUAUGCCUUAGUCUGGCCCUGUUUUGCACAUGACCUGAGCUCUGCAGAGUUGAGAGCGGACUGGGUAGGACAGCUGUGUUGGCACUGAGUCACCCCGUGAAGCAGGAUAUGCUUUUCUAGGAGUACUCCACCCUCGCUGAGCAAGAAGACAGAUAUUGCAGGUAGAGGAAACCGAGAUCACUCCUGCUGAAGCGAUAGGGGCUGCCAGCCGGCCUCAUCUGAGCACUGCCAAAGGGAUUUCACAGCAUGUCCCUGCAGCAGAGAAAGAACAGGGCUGUCAUAAUUGUCAAUUACGAGUUCUGCAGCAGGACUGAGCCGCUGCAACCCAGGAAAGGGGCCAAGAGAGAAGCAGACAAGCUGUUUAAAGCAUUAUCCAAACUCAACUAUGCAGUGAAGUUGUACUAUGACCAGGCAGCCAAAGACAUAGAGGAGAUCUACCAGCAAGAGAGCAGAGAAGAGCAUGGUGAUUGCUUUGUCAGCAUUCUGUCCAGCCAUGGCGAGGAGGGGGCCAUAUACGACUGCUGGGGAGAGCUGGUCAAGCUAACAAGGAUUUUCCAGAUGUUAUCGCCACAAAGGUGCCCAGUGCUGGCAGGAAAGCCCAAGAUCUUCUUUAUACAGGCCUGCCGUGGGAAUGUGACAGAUCCAGGUGUGUGGGUGGAGACAGACAGCGGCCGGCCCCCAGCAGACAGCUUCUUGCACUACCUCUCCAUCCCUGACAGCACGGCCGUGAUGUUCGCCUGCAGUCCAGGCUACAGCGCUUUCCUCAAUCCGCUGGGCUCCAUGUUUCUCCAGACCUUGCUGGAGUUUCUGGAAGGCGAUGAGCGGCAUCUUGAACUUGCACGUCUAAUGACCCGCAUCAGCUGGAAAGUCGCGUUUCAUUGCGAAGCCAAAGGGCCACACCAGGGGCACAAGGAAAUGCCCUGCUUUGUCACCAACAUGGUGCGAGAGGUUUAUCCGUUCUCCACCCAAAUCACGGAGCCUGGCAGACUCUGAGAACUUGGAUCUCGCCGUAGGGAGCCACCAGCUGCUUUCCAACCCUUUCAGGAGUGCUGUGCAUGGUCAGUGACUGCAAAGGGAAUCACAGAGCACGUGAGGGCCAGCAGCAUUUCUGUCCCAACAGUUUAUCGAGCCCACGGGACUAGGACUUUUGUGCUGUAUGAGCAAAUGAAGGGCCAUGCACCUCUCCAGUGCUCUAUGGAUAAUAAAAUGAACAUUGCACUAUUAUUUAAAACA